AUGAAGGAAAUAAUAAAUAUUGGAAUUGGAAAUUAUGGGAUACAAUUGGUAAAUGAAUUUCUAGAAGAACUCUGUCUUGAUCAUGAUAUAGGACUAGAUGGUGUGAAAAAAGUUGCAUCUGAAAAAGAUUAAUAACUCGAUUAUCCUAAUAUUUACUUUGAGGAAUUGAGUUGUGGAAGGUUUCUUUCUAGAUCUUUGAUGAUUGACACUGAUUGUACAAAGAUUGAAAAUAUAAGAUGUGGGAAGACGAGAUAUUUAUAGUCGAUAGACAAUUACUUAUGCCUAAAGUAAGGAGGAGCUGGGAAUUAUGCAAAAGCUAGAAACGCAUAUGAAGAUGGACUUAAAGAUUCGUUCAAAGAUAAAUUGAGAAAGCUUGUAGAGGGUUGUGAUAAAUUUCAAGCUUUUCAACUUCAAUAUGCUACAGGUGGAGGGACUGGAUCUGGUCUUGGUAACAUUCAAUCUACUUUCAAACGGAAAAUUAUAAGAAAGAAGUCUGGAAACAUAUAAUACAGUCCUUUGCAUUAGUUAACUAAUAGAAUGUGCAAACUCAACUGUAUUUUUCGAUAAUCAUACCCUAUAAGAUCUUUGUUAAAAAAAAGUUCAAACAUCCCUAAACCAAAUAUUGAAGAUUUAAAUUAUCUAAUGACUUAGUAUAUGGCUACUAUGAUUAGUACAUUGAGAUUUCCUAGCUAGUAAAUAAAUGAUUUUAGAAAGAUAGGUACUUCAACUAUUCCUUUUCCCAGAAUGCAUUUCUUAACUCCAUCUAUGGCAAAUCUUGCACCAAGAUUCAUAGAGGAAUACGAAAAAGAUGAUAUGAUAACAAAAGACGUAUGCUUUAGACUAUUUGAUAGCAGAAAUACUUUACUAGAUAUAGAUUAUUCCUAAGGAAGAUUUUACAGUUAUACAGCUAUUUUUAGAGGUCUAAAUUACUCUUCAGUUGAUUUGUUCUAAGUGUUGCAACAAAUUAGAAAUCUAAUUGCAGCUAUUUUGCGGAAUGGUUGCCUGAUCAUCAUUCUGUUGGCGUUAUCAUUAGAGAUUUAAAGCAUUUACCUAAAAAUUAAGGCAUUUUAUUGGGAAAUUAAACAGCUAUUUCUAAAAUAUUUUCGAAACUAGGAACAGAUUUCACCAAUUUAACUAGACGAAAAGCAUAUCAACAUCAUUUUACUGAAUAAGGAAUGGAUGAGAUGGAAUUUGUAGAAGCAGAAAGUAAUUUGA